CACAGACCAUUAAACAAAUAGGAAGACAGUUCAUUGCCAUUUAAUCGUAUAGUCUAGGAAGCGACACUAGCGCUGCGCGAGCGGCUGGAGCAAACACUCAUUCGCUUAUACUCGUGUAAAUUUCGUAAUAGAUCGUGUUUACUGUCAACAAAUAUCUCCUUUAACGUCAUUCAAAUUCAAACGCCAAAUUAUAAUUUUUUCAAAAGGUUUUCAGUAUUUUACUUGCUUCAGAUACAACGGAAAUGAAAAUUAUUAAUAAAUAUCGAUGCAAAGUUCCAAAUUGUCCGUCAGUAUACGCAACAGGAAUCAACAAGAACAAAAAUAAACAUUUUUUUAUUUUUCCUAAAUCUCCAGUUCAAAAACAAAAGUGGAUAGAUACCAUUAAUGCCUCCUGCACAGAAAAAAUUGUUGUUAAUUGUAAAAAAGCUUACAUUUGUGAAGAUCAUUUCAGUAAAAAUUACUUUACGAGCACCGCAGAAACGAACCUUCAUAAAUACGCAAUUCCCACUAUUUUUAAGGACAGUAGUCAAGCUGUGAUUAAUACUAAUGGUGAUGGGUAUUCCAGUAAAAGUGAACAAAAAAAUUAUAAAAUUUUUAUUUUUUUAGUCGGAACUAUUCCGGAAUCUGAGUAUGAUGGUAGCGUAAAUUCACAAAGACGCAAACGCCAUUGUGAUACUCUCACGACAUUUAUCACAUACUCCGAAAAAAAGAAAAUAUUCACCCAGUGUUUUGAAAAAGGUAGGAUGCAAAAGAGUGGACGACUUAACUCCUAGAGAGCAAACUUUAUUUAGAAUAACAAAACGCCAGAAACAGGCAAUAAACAGAUUAAAUUUAAAAUUAUGUAAAUCAAAAAAAAACUUGGAUCUUCUAAAACGUGCUCCCCAAAAUCAUCUAAUUAACAUUUUACAAGAAAAUUGCAAUUCUGUAAGUGCAAGCUUCAUAAAAUCCCAAUUUGAUAACAUGAAAAAAAAAAAUUCCUAGAUGGUCAACUGAAAAUAAAAUAUUUGCCUUGGCUAUGUACAAAAGAGGUCCAAAAUGUUAUCGCUUUUUAAAACAUUUUUUCAGACUUCCGUCAAAAACAACUUUCUACAAAUUUUUGAAAAAUAUACCUUUUGAAUGUGGCGUGAAUGACGAACUAUUUGAUAAGUUAAAAAUGAGAAUUGAGAAACUGAAACCAAGAGAUCGAUUAUGCAAGCUUAUGUUUGAUGAAGUGUCUUUAUCUACAAAUUUAACCUAUUCGAGAUCUACUGACAAAAUUAUUGGUUUUGAGGAUUUGGGAUCUUUAGGACGAAAUAAAAAUUAUGCUAACCAUGCGUUAGUAUUUAUGAUACAAGGUAUUAGUUCCGGAUGGAAACAACCAAUAGCGUACUAUUUUGUUAAGGACUCUAUUAAAAGUAUAAAAUUAAAACUAAUAAUUAAAGAAAUUAUUAGCAAACUUAAUAUGGCCGGCGCAAAAGUCAUAUGCACCGUUUGUGAUCAGGCCAGUUCGAAUGUAAAGGCUCUACGUUUGUUAAAAGAAGAAUCAAAUGUAGAGUAUAAGGAACCAUACUUUAAGGUAAAUUCAAAAAAAAUUGUAUGUUUAUAUGAUAGUCCCCAUUUAUUGAAAUCAUUAAGAAAUGCUCUCCUUAAAUAUACGAUUUAUUAUGAUGAAACCAAGAAAGCUAAAUUUAUGUAUUUGAGACAAGCUUAUCAAUUUGAUAGUACUCGAAGAUUUCAAACUUUGCAUAAAAUCCGAGAACCCUUUCUUUACGUGAACAGAUAUAGAUUAUUAAAGAUGAAAGUGUCAAUUGCAGCAAAAACACUUAGUGCCAGUAUGGCAGCUGCACUUGAAACUCUAAUAGAUUCAAAAGAAAAUAUUCCUUCAGAAGCAAUCGAAACGGCUUUCUUUGUAAAAGACGCAAAUGAUUUAUUCGACAGUUUCAACUCCACUGGUAUUAAUAUGCGUAACAACCACUGCAAUCCAAAGCUAAGAUGUGCUUUAACAAAGAAAUCUGGUGAUUUUGAUUUUUGGAAUAAAAUGGAAAAAAAAAUCGAAAGUUGGAAAUUUUAUGACGAAGUACGUGGUCAAUUCAAAACAACUAUGCCCUUUAAAGAAGAUUGGUUAAAUAACAUUCGUGGAAUUAGACUUCUUUGGCAGAUGUGUGAAAAAAAUGAAUUCAAAUUUUUGCGAACAAGAAUGUUGAAUCAGGAUCCUCUAGAAAAUUUAUUUUCAGUGAUACGACAAUACGGUUCAGGAAAUAGUAAUCCAUCGUGUUUUCAAUUUAUAUCGGCGUUAAAAACAAGUAUUUUGAAUAAUUUGAUAGCAUAUCAAGCAUAUGGUAAGAAUUGUGAAGAAGAUGUAGGAAAACUUCUCGAUAAUCUUAGAAUAUUUUUAUCCUCGUCAUCAAAACCAACAAAUUUUCAGUUUACAGAAAAUAUCAAUGAGUUGGUAAAUUUAGAAAAUUCUAGCUCAACUAAUAGAGCUGCAUUUAAAGAUUUAUAUGAUCUUCAGGCUAUUACAUAUGUUUGUGGCUUUUUAAUAAAAAAAUUAAAAGCUAUCACAUGUAAAGACUGUAAAAAUUGUAUAAUUGCACAAAAAACCGAAGAACAUCAUAUUUUCACUCUUUACAAAGAACAGGAUCAAAAAUUAAGGUUGAAAUAUGCUACAAAAGAAUUUGUAACAUGCUUAGCUGAGAUUUACGAUACCAUAGUCUUCUUUUUAGAUAAUUUUGGAGAAGUUCCAAAUAUUGCAAGAAAUUUAAAAGAACAUAUAACAGCAACAAUUAACUUUACUUGGAUUAACUGUGACAUUCAUAUUGCUGAUUUAAGAACGGAAAUUAUUAAUUUGGCAGUGCGUCUAAUAAUAAAUAAAAAAUUGACCAAUCUGCAAAAACAAUUUGAAGUACAUAAUCGUAGAAGAAUUAAUAAUUCAAAUAGGUUUUAAAAUUAACACCUACCCGUAGUUUCAAGAGU